AUGGAUUUGCUAGAAAACAACUUCAACAAUUCAGCCGAGAGGCUUGACAAACCAUCUCCGUACUUGAUACGGAAGGCAAGACAUAACUAUGGUGAACUUGAAAGAGCAAUGACAUCACGCACAGUGUACGUGGGAAAUCUAUCCCAUUUCACCACCGAGGAACAAAUACACGAAUUGUUCAUGAAAUGUGGCGCUAUAGAUAAGAUCAUCAUGGGAUUAGACCGAAAUAAAUUGACUCCAUGUGGGUUCUGCUUUGUCAUUUACAGAACUGAACAAGGUGCACCCAAUGCCAUGAAGUAUUUGCAAUCUACUAUUCUUGAUAGUCAAAGUAUAUCAAUAGAUUUGGAUCCUGGUUUCAGAGAAGGAAGACAAUUUGGUAGAGGAAAACAUGGUGGUCAAGCUGCACAAGAAGCUGCUCUUGCUGCUGCAAAUGGACAAGAGUAUGAAAGAGGUAGCUUUAGAGGCAGAGGUCGUGGCGGUUAUAGAGGCAGAGGGGGGUUUAGAGGUGGAUUCAGAGGCGGAUUCAGGGGUAGAGGCAGAGGUGGUGGAGUUGGCGGUAGUGGUGGUGAAUUCAGGGGAGAGACAUCUGUUUACAUACCUUCGAAAGAUCCUUCUUACAACGCACCUGGCACGUUUAAUCCCAUGAUAUGA